AUGGAGGCAGUCUUGGAUGAUAUUAAUCAUGAAAAAAUUUCAGAGAAAGUAAUUAUUUUUAAUGGAGGUAAUAAAAAAGAGAUGAAUGGAUCAAUUGAUGCUAACAUUUAUAAUUAUAAUGCUCAGCUUCCAAAAGGUGAUUAUGAUGAAAUAAUCACAAGACACUAUUCAGCAAAUAAUAAUGCAAAUGUCAGUAAUAAUCUUUUACACCCACAAUAUAAAAAUAAUAAAAAUGAUGUAGUUGAGAAUUAUUUGCCUGGCUAUUGUACCGGAGAAAAUAUCUCUUUAAAUUAUAAUUUAAACCAUAAUCAAAAUACUAAUGUUGGAACUACCAUUUAUAAUGAGAAGAUUAUUUGUAAUCAUUGUAGUUGUCCAGUAAAUAAAAAUAAUGCAAUUUCAGUUAAAGAUACUAGGAUUUGUAAUUGUAUGGUUAAUGAGAAUAUAUUGCUUUAUUAUAAUGAAAAAGAAAUACAAAGUAAGGGAAAUCAGAUAAAUAACGGUUGUCAUGAAAAUAUUGGAGAUUCAGAAAACUUAAUAGGAGCAUUAUCACCUCAAUCUAUAGUGACUUCAAUGUCAAUUACAACUCCAUUGUACUCUACAGGGAUUAAUAAAGAUAUUAUAAAUGCACGAAAAGAUGAAGAAAUUAUUUCAGAUAUCAAUGGAAACUUUAUCUUAGGUAGUAAUCAAUCAAUUGAAUCGGAAAAUUGCCAUAAUCUUAAAGGAAUCAACUCAAACUCAACUUCAACCUCAAACGUAUUAAGUAUUAAUACAAAAACAGGCAUUUUGAAUAGUAAUAUUAUUAUCAAUGGACCAGGUAAUAUUAGUAGUAAUGGUAAUACUAAUAAUUCUAAUAUCACUACUACUACUAAUAAUAGUAAUAAUAAUACUGUCACUACUAUAACUAAUAAUAAUAACAAUAAUAAUAAUAAUAAUAGUAGUAAUAAUAAUAGUAAUAAUAAUAAUAAUCAUAUGGCAAAUUCUGUAUGUAAUUACACAAAUUCUGGAGUUAGUGUUGGGAAUAUAAUUCAAAAUAGCUCAUUAUUAUUAUCAGGAUAUUUAAGUGGUACACCAGCACAAUCAAAUAGUAGGAAGAUAUUGGCAAGAGUAAGAGAAUUAUGGUUGAGUAAUAUAGUAGAGGGAUUGCCAAGAAAGAUUGCUGCUUUCAUAUUACAAAGGCAUGGAAAUCAGAUCCCAUAUGAUAGACAAUUUUGGUCAUAUGCUUAUAAAACAGGAAGAUUGCAUCCAGCGGAGGAACAAGUACAAAGACAGUUAAACGAAGGAGUACAAUGCCUUAAUAGAUUUAUUCAACAACUUAUUAAAUCAUGUAAUAUUAUGAGAGAUCAUAUGCUGAGAAAACAGACAAAUUCAGCAAGAUAUAGUGAAAGAAGAUCAAAUGGAACAAGAGGAUAUUGUAAUCGUCGUAUUUCUGGUAGAAUGAAUAAUCAUCAUAUGAUGAUUAGUAAUUCAAAUAUUAAUACUAAUGAUAUUGAAAACAUUGAAAUGAAUAGAAAAGAAAUAAAAUUUAAUGGAAACAUUGGAGAAAUUGGAAUAAAAAAUUGUGCAAUGCCUUUGUUACCUACAAUCAAUAACGGAGUAAUUGAAGAUAUUUCAAAUGGAGAUGAAAUUAAUGAAGCAGAAAUAUCAGGGUUUAUGAAUGGAAGUAUGGGAAUGACAGGAGAAGGUAUUAUGACAGUCGGUGAACAAAAUAUAUUGUUAUCAUCAGGUAAUUUAAUAGACUUAAAUAAUAGUAAAUCCAAAGAUUUAGAAAAAAGAUUAAAUGAUGGUAUACCAUUAUUAAUAAAUGAGAGAAGAAAAAAUGAAAUUUUGGAAAAUCAUUUAUUACUAGGGAUGAAUUGUAAUAACAAUACAGGUAAUAAUAACGUUAUUCAUAAUGAAAGCAAUAUUGUAGAUAAUGGCUUGGUAUUAGACGUAGAUUCAGAAGACUGUAAUAAUAGAAUUGCUGCAACUAUUGGAAAUAUUGGUAAUCAUAAAACUGUAAAUGGUAAUUUAUUGGGUGAUUAUAGAGAUGGGAUGGAAGAUGAUGAGGACGAUGAUGAUGGCCAGAUUGCAGAAAUACCAUUAGACUUAACUGAUGAAUAUUUAGCUAAAUGGUUGGAUGGAAAAAAUGCUUUAAUUAUUAGAAAAUUAGUUAAUGGCGAUAAGGAUGUACAAACUAUUGAUUUACCAACAUGUUUGAAUAGUGAUAAUUUAUACAGAGCAUUAAGAUUUGGGGGAUUAUUAGUUAGAAUACCACCAUAUAAUCAAAAAAGUUAUGAGCACUUUAAUUUACUAUCUCCAGGAAGGGGAGAUACAAGGCAUACUCAAUUAGUAAUACCAGAUGGAGAGAGAGAUAUUGAUGUAAAGAAAAGUAGAACAUCUUUAGCACUUCCAGAAUUUCUUGUUGAAGAUAUUCCAUUACCAAAAGUAUGUGUUUUUCAAAUUGAGGCCAAGUUGGAAUUAUUGUUAUUAUAUAGAGGAUGUUCAUCAAAAAGGCCACAUACAAAAAGGGGUCGUAGUACAGUUAAUACAGCCAAUACAUCCAAUCAGCCUAUUCAUUUGAAUGUUAGAAAUAAUACUAACAUUAGUAGCAUUAAUAAUACAGGUAUACAUCCAAAUAUAGGUAUGACAAUCCCCAUUACAAGUCCUGUAAUGAAUCAGAUUUCGUCUACUGGUAAUACUUUGAAUAAUAAUAAUAAUAAUAACAAUAAUAAUAAUAUCAGUAAUCAUGUUAGUGGAACACAUCCUAACAUUACAGUUACUCUCUCUACUGCUAAUACAAACAAUUCUAUUUCCACUAAUUCUAGUAAUAAUGAUGGCGAUAAAUCCAGCAAUACAAGUAAUAUAUGUUCAAAUAAUAUAAAUGGAAUUAUAUCCAGUAACAAUAACAAUAAUAACAAUAAUAAUAAUAAUAAUAAUAAUAGUAUGAUUAAUUCUGGUACAUCAUCUUUGUUAAUAUCUGAAAACAAUGGAUUAAAUACAGUACAUUCUGGAGUUUCAAUUAAUGAAGGUAAUAAUACUCUAAUGGAUCAAUUAACACAAUCCCAGAUCAUUUUAAAUAAGAUAAUAGGUAAUAAUCAUAAUAUGACUGAUGUAAUAAAUAAUCACAAUAUAAUUGAAAACAACAUCAAUAUUCAUGGAAAUACACAAUUAAUAAAUAAUCAGGUUUCAAUGAAUAUGGUUAAUGAAAGUGAUUUAUUUUCUAGGAUAAGUUCUUUGGGAAAUAAUGGUGUUGAUACAAAUUCUAUUUCUAAUAUAAAUGGAAAUUCAGUUACAGAUACAAGCACUAUUAGUAGUAAUGGUAGUGGAGUAAACAUGAAUACAGGUGAAACUAUUGCUACUCCUGUUAUUAAUAAUAAUAUUAACCAUGAAAAUAUUAAUAAUAUAACAAUUCACCAAAUUCACCACGAAGAUAUGUUACUAGGAGGGGGUAUCAUCUCAGACAUAAAUAAUUGCAAUUAUUCAACUUCAAAUAUGAAUUCAGCUUUGAUAGAAGAUUUACAAAAACAGUUCUCAAAUAAUAAUACUAAUAAUAGCAAUAACAAUAGUAAUAAUAAUACUAAUAAUACCAAUAAUAAUAAUAAUAAUAAUAAUAAUAAUAAUAAUAAUAAUAAUAAUAUUGGAGGUUAUCCAUUGAGCUCUAGUUCUUUAAGAAUGAACAAUAUGGUAAAUAAUAAUGGAAAUAUUUUGGGAUACAAUAACCAAAAUAUUAAUAAUAGUUCAACACCAACCCCAUCUACAACAGUAUCAACAAAGUAUUCUGAUAAUUUAUAUAGUUUUAAGAAAAAAUCAAAUAAGAAUGACGAUUCUGUUUACUAUUAUAUAGAUGGUACAAUGGAAGAUAACGAGAAUAUGAGUUCAAAUAAAUUGAAUAGUAAUACAAAUGUAAUACAUCCAUUACCUUCAGUAUGUUACAUUCCAAAUACGAAUAAUUCCUGUAUUAAUGAUGAAGAACAGAAUUUAAACCAUAUAUACCAUAACCAAUCUCCAAAUAAUAUAGGUGAUAUUCCAUAUAAUAAUCACAUAGUACUGAGUAAUAAUAAUAAUAAUAAUAUUUCAUUAAAUAAUUCAAAUUUAAUGGUUUCCGGUAUAAGUGAUAGUCAUUCAAAUAGUAAUACAAAAAGUAAUAUGCCAUAUAUUGAUGAAAUUGACUAUUUUAACAGUGUAUUUAACGACAGUGAUGGUAAUAAUAUUAAGAAUGGAAACAAUGCUAAUAUUGGAGGAGGAAUAUUGGGUAUUAAUAAUAAUAGUAGUAAUAAUAAUAAUAAUAACAGUCAAAGCAAUAAUCCAAAUGGUGAUACAAGGAAUAGUAACAUUAAUGCAAGUGAAAUACAACAUCCAUGUUUGAAUUGGGGAGUCAAUCCAAGAUAA